GCAGAGCGAGAGCGCGCGCGCGGGCCAUCGAGAGAGAGCGAGAGAGAGAGCGAGAGAGAGGAGCUCGAGCGGCGCCCGCUCGUCGGCCAUUCACCUUCCCGUUAUCACCUUCCCGUUAUAAUCUCCACACACCGAGCGCCGUGAGGAGAAAACCAACACGCACACGGCCACGACGACGCCCGCUUCGAGAUAAAUAUUUGUGCCUUGGGUGUGUCCGUCAAACACUGCAAAUAUGGGGGGGGUUCUCGCCGCUAUGUUGAGAAGUAUGUUCGGAAAAAAAGAAAUGCGUAUUCUGAUGGUGGGACUGGAUGCAGCUGGCAAGACCACCAUUUUAUACAAACUUAAACUGGGUGAAAUUGUAACCACUAUUCCCACUAUAGGUUUCAAUGUAGAAACUGUGGAAUACAAGAGCAUCAGUUUUACUGUAUGGGAUGUGGGUGGACAGGACAAAAUCCGUCCUCUUUGGCGCCACUAUUUUCAGAACACACAAGGUUUGAUUUUUGUGGUUGACAGUAAUGACAGGGAGAGAGUGAAUGAAGCAAAGGAGGAAUUGAUGAGAAUGCUCGCUGAGGAUGAGCUCCGAGACGCUGUGUUGCUACUUUUCGCAAACAAACAGGAUCUGCCUAACGCGAUGAAUGCCGCAGAGAUCACUGACAAACUGGGCCUGCACACCCUCCGCAAUAGGACCUGGUACAUCCAGGCAACGUGCGCAACCAGUGGUGACGGUCUAUAUGAAGGACUGGACUGGUUGUCCAACCAGCUCAAAGCUACCAAAUAGUCCCUUUUCUUUCUUUCUUCCUAUCCUGCCCUCCCUCGUUCCCCUUCUUUCUGCUUCAUUUCUUUUUUCAUUUGUGGUAUUGGGUGCCAGGAACCUGCUUCAUUACAUCUGAUCACUAGAACUAUAAAUAACCGUACUGUAUGGGUGAGAAGUGCAGACUUGAAAACAAACGUGGUUUCUUAUUUAAAAUGUGUAUAUAUCGUCCCUUUUUGUAACGAGGCAGUUUCCUGCUACUCCUAUGCAAUAUUUACCCCCUCCCCUCCCCCCCUCCCCGAUUGUUCUUCGUUUUCCCUUACAGUUUAAACUGACUUGUAAGAAUUUAAUGUUGGAAAGGGACAAAUACAGCUUGGAAUUGGGAGAUGUAUGCACUCCCGACAUUACAAUGCACAAUGUCUCAUCACAGAUAUGGUCUCCCAGCUCUGGAAUGAGGCUUUCCUGCAGUUUGGGGCAUGGCUUUUGAUGGAGGGAGGGGAAAACUUAAAUCAGACCUUUUUUUUUUUUUUUUUUCUGCUUGUUUCCCUCAUUGCCCAAAGCUGGGAUUUCAGCAGUGAAGGAUUGCUUGUGUUUUUUGGUUUUAAAACUGCCGACACAAAGAUUUCCGAGCUCAGAUUCUCUUGUACUCAAUUACUCAAAUCUCCCUUUCCCAAGCACGAAGGCUGGAAUUGAAAUACAGAAUAAAAUAAAAUUGAUAUCCACUUUUUUUUUUGUUGCCUUUUUGAAUAAUUUAAAAUCCAACUCUUAAAUGGCAUAAGUUAAAACUGAUUUGAGUGAUUAAAUUAUUUUAGUGAAGAACUGAGUUUCAUCAUCUAGGAACAACUGUUAAAAUCAUGGCUUUAUAUCAUGAAUUGCAUUUGGGGAAAGAGCCAGACAGAAAGGGAAGAGAUAAUUGGUAAUCAUAGCAACAAGUCUUGAGUGGUUACCUGAAAUGCCUAUUUAAUUUUGGUUUUGUUUGAAUCCUGGUCUCAUGUGCUGGUCGACUUUCUUCCUUGUGGCUCACCCCAUACCAACACGGUAAACUGAUCACAGCAUGCAGGCACUGUUGGAUCAGAUGAGAAAGGAGUAUUUUUUUUUUUCCGGCUGUGUUAGCUAAUCCCUCGGCUGAUGUAUAGCAGGUAGUAAUGUCGAUGAAUGCACCUAUGCCCUUGCCCCCCUCUUUGCUUUUCCCGAUGUGUGAAACUACAUGUAUGAGUCAUUCCAUUUUUGUUGUUGUGCAGGAUACUGUAUGACCAUCAGUUCCAAUUCCCUUUUUCUCCCACACCAUUCUCCAAACAUCCGAUAAUAGAAUUACUGCACUCAGCCUGCCAGCGGAAGCUGAGGACGGGGCAGUGAAUACUUGGGUCUGAGCAGGAUGAGUUAUUGGUGUGAAGUUGAUCCUUUCAUUACACACUACUAAUCAAAUGUUUUGUAUACGUUUCAAUUUUCAUUUUGACAAAACAAGCACUGUAAUUAAAGCUGUUAGAAUAAAAUCUAAGAUUCCUGAACUUGAUUCCUGCCCUUGUUGCAGUUUUUAAUUCAAUGCAGAUGAUUUGGGUAGACAAUAAAAUUUUCCACCUGUUC